AUCCUCCCUCGGCGAUUGGCAGGACUGUGGGCUGCGUGACACGAGUGCGGCACUGCGCGUUACACGUAGACGUGACAUAACCCCGCCGAGUGGCCGUCGCUCGACACCCCGCCGCCCGCUUUCGACGAUGUGAAGCGUUUCCGGUGAUUUUGUACUUUUCCGCGACGUGAACCACGACAGGCGCCCCGCGACCAAGGCCUCUGCACGAUGAAUCUGAGUAAGACGGAGAAGCUGCUGGCCGCGAAGAAGAAGCUGAAGGAGUUCCAGCUGCAAAAGAAAUUGCAAGUGCAGGAGACCUCGAGCAAACAGCAGGACUCGAGCGUAACGGACGAGUCCGUAUCACAGUGCCAAACAAAUUGCCAAACUGCAGAGGUGAGCGAACUCUAUGAUCAGAAGAGUCAGAAUGAUGUGAAGGGUGCGGAGCAGCGAUAUGAGAAACGCAUAGACGAUACAGAAGUUGUACAUAAGGAAGAGAAUGUAGUAAAUCAUUUCGAUGGCGCUAUUAAUUUGCCAGGCGUAACCGAAACCAAAGUAGCGGCGAGUAAGAGCGAUAUAGUAGAGAGAAGCUUUCCCAUCUCGGAGAAUUAUCCAGAAAGCGCUGCGUUACACGAAAGUGGCAACAGAGAUGGCACGCGUUCGCAUCUUCAGCCAGAUUUUCAAUCUGCGGGAAACGACGGGAGAUACAACUUGAACGUUACGACGUCCAAUGGACCGUCGACGGUGCAGAAAGAAUAUUUGUUGGAAAUGGCCUCGGAAGUGGCUCACGCGCUUACCGACAACACGGGUCACGGCGAGCCGACAGAUUCAUUUAAUCUCGAUCUGAAGUGUCGUAAUCAAUUUUUAAGCUCGUGCUUGGAGGAACAGAAGCAACUUGUGAACGACUUGCAUGUUCAAGUCAGUCGAUACCACAGCAGAGUGGCCGAAUUGGAGGGAAUUCUCGCUACGAAGGACUCAGAGUUCGAAGCCAAACUCGUUCGCGAAGUGAGUCCUCUGAAGGAGCAAUUACAGGUCCACGCGCAGACCACUGGUAUCCUGAUAGCGGAGAAGGCGGAGCUCACUGCAGCCUUGGCACAGAGCCAGAGGACAGCGAAGCAGAAUUCAGAGGAUAUAGAGGAAAUGAGCGGGAAAUUGAAACACAGCCAGUUUCGCAUUAACGAGCUUGAAAAAGAAUUAGCUCAAACGAGGAGUAAUUCUACCGAUACGCAGAAAAACGCUCAACAAGUGCAGCAAGUCUAUGACGAGCUCGAGAAGAAAUAUUACGAACUCAGAAAAGAAAAGGAAGAUUUAGAAUUGGAAACGUCAGAGUUGAAGCAGAAGCUGAAUUUAAAGAACACCGAAUUUAUUACUCUGCAACAAGAAUUCCAAGAGAAAGCAGCCUUACUUUCCUUAAACGAAUUGAGAAUACAACAGCUAACUGAUUCAUCACAAACGUUGGAGUCCCAGCAUCAAACUGUAACAGUGCUAGAACAACAGUUGGCUCAAAUGAGAGAAACUUUGAAGUUGGUAAAUAGCGAGAAGGACGAAGCCAGUAGACAAUAUCAAAAUUAUGUACGUCAGUUAGAUACACAGCAGGCAAAAUUGUUUAACGAGGUUGAAAGUGGAAAGAAAAUAAUCGAUGAUUUAGAAAGCAGAGAAAAAAGUUAUAUACAACGCUUAUCAGAUUUGGAACAACAACUGCAGCAUGAAAGAGAGAAAAGUGAAGCUGUACCACCACCGCAAGAUCAUAACGAUGAAAUAAUCAAUUUAAUGAAAAACAUUGAGGAACUGACUGCGCAGCAGGAAAGACUUCACAUUGCAUUAUCUGAAAGGGAUGGGGAAAUUGAAAUGUUAACGAAAGAAGUGCAAGAACAGCGGGAUAUGAAAAAUGAUGGUGCUGACGUAACAAAGUUAGUACAGACUCUUGAAAGUGAAAAACUCGGUGCAUCUAGAGCUGUUUCACAAAAUCAACAAUUAAAGGAACGAUUAACCGAAAUGGAAAAUGCUUUUGUUUCUCUUAGUAACGCUAAGUUGGAUUUGACGGAGCAGCUGCAAGCCGAACGAAGUAUUGGUCGAAAAUUAAAUACAAGAUUGAAUAACGUCGAGACACAAAUGGAUGACCUAAAAGAAAAAUUAAGGGAAAAGGAAAUGUGCUUGGUAGAAUUAGAGAAAGAAAAAUUGCAAAAUGCUCAAAUUGCAGACCAAAUGCAGCACUAUCAAGCACAGUCUCACCAUGCUCGUACACUGCAACAAGAAUUACAAAAUGCUUUGAUUCAUAUAGAAAAUUUGAAAAAAGAAAAUGAAGAACUCGUGGAAAAAUUAGAAGUACAAGUAGAAACGCAUUUGUCUGGAGAAACUGUAAGCAUUAAUGGAGAUCAGUAUACAACAGAGAGCGAGCAGAAUUUUAAUGAUAUUAUAACAACGCAAAACUUACCACUGCCGGAAGAUAAAGAUAUUUCUGGUUAUACCGGACCUAUCGCAAAAUUAGAAAAGAGGUUUAAAGAAACAAUGGAAAAGGUCGCGGAGUUAACCGACGAGAAACAGAGAUUGGAACACCUUGUUCUCCAGCUCCAGAGUGAAACAGAAACUAUAGGAGAGUACAUUACUUUAUAUCAAAAGCAACGAGCGAUUCUAGGAGAAAAAUGGAAGGAUAGAGAACAAACCUUCCGUCAAUUAGUGGAGCAACGUAAUAAGCAACAGGAACAAUUACAUAAACUAAAAGUAUUAGUUACCGAAUUGCUUAAGAAACAUCCCGAAACACUAAUAAGUUCCACAGAAACCUGUAUGGAUUGCCAUAAAGAUAUUAAUGCCGAUAAUCCUGCACUCUCCGACAAUGAGCAGGGAAUUGUGGAACAAUUGAUCGAGGAUAAAACUGCAUCCGAUAUUCUAGAUCUUCUCACAGAAAUCAAAGACUGUAAAGAUGCGUGUAUUAUAGAACCUAAUUUUCAUCCAUGCCCAUGGUGCUCCGGAAGGCUCAUCACCGUGUAAUCAUGAAUAAUAAAUUUGUUUAAUCUUUGUUAUAACUAAACGAUAUCCACGCGAUAUAAAUUAGUCAUAUAGAAUAGAAUGAUGAUUGUAUAUAGAGAGCGCUUAGUUUUUUUUAAACUUCUGUAUCUAUUUCUUGUAAAAGUACGGACGUAAUCUUUUUAUCCGAAGAGAGAGAGAGAGAGAGAGUAACUUUAUAAAUAUACAGUGCCUUGAGCAAUUUUGCAGACGGA